GGUGCCGUUUGAAUCGCUGGGCCCGCGGCGGGGUGAGCGGCGGCGCGCUCGGUGACGGGAGGGCGGGAGCGCGGGAACGCGAGGAGCGCGCGCGCUCUGCGGCCUCGGAAACCGGCGGUGGGAGGGGGAACGCGCAGUUCCCUGGCAGGGCCCGGGCCCGUCGGGGAGGGUGCUGGAGGCCUCUUCCGCCUGUUGUGGAGCGGCUUCUGCCUGGGGAGGCCCCUCCUGGGCAGAAAGGUGGGAAGGUGAAGGGCAGUUCCUUGCUACAGAGUCCGGGUUUGGUCUCCCCUCUCGCGCUAGGAUGCUGGGAGCGUGCGGCAUGCAGCGCUGUCACCAGGAAGCGCUAAAGAAGAACCGGGUGAUGCUGGCAAAGCAGCUGGUUUUGAAAGAGUUGAUGGAGCAUAUGAUAGAGAAGGACAUCAUCACCGCUGAGAUGAUGGAAAUGAUACAGGCCAAGUCUGGGAGCUUCAGCCAAAAUGUGGAAUUCCUCAAUUUGUUGCCCAAGAGAGGCCCUUAUGCCUUCUCAGCCUUCUGUGAAGCUCUACGAGAAACCAAACAGCAGCAUCUGGAGGAAAUAAUCUUGAAGACAGAAUCCAACCUAAGCAAUGGGAUUGCACGGCUUGAACACUGUUAUGGAUCAAAUCUUCCACUCCCUCCAAGUGAAUCAUGUAAUUCAAAGAAGCCACGCUGGAUUGAACCAGUGGAACAUUCUUUGGAUAAUGGAGAUGGUCCACCAAUUCCUCCAGUGAAGCACUGCACUCCAGAAUUCUAUCAUGAUCACCAGCACUUGGCAUAUAAACUGGUGUCGGAGCCCCGAGGCUUAGCACUUAUUCUUAGUAAUGUCCAUUUCAAUAGUGAGAAGGACUUGGAGUAUCGCUCAGGUGGAGAUGUGGACUGUACUUCCCUGGAGCUGCUUUUCAAGCAUCUUGGGUAUCAAGUGACUGUCUUUCAUGAUCAAAGUGCAGAGGAAAUGCAGAGUGCGUUGGAGAGAUUCUCUAAGCUGCCUGAUCACCGGGAUGUGGAUUCCUGUGUAGUAGCUUUACUUUCCCACGGUGUAGAGGGUGGAGUUUAUGGCAUUGAUGGCAAACUGCUACAGUUGCAGGAAGCUUUCCGGCUCUUUGAUAAUGCAAACUGCCCAAAUCUCCAGAAUAAGCCCAAAAUGUUCUUUAUUCAAGCCUGCCGGGGAGAUGAGACAGACCGCGGAGUGGAUCAAAGAGAUGGGAAAGAACGGUCAGAUUCCCCAGGCUGUGAGGAAAGUGAUGCAAACAAGGAAGAAAAUGUCAAGCUGCGUCUGCCUACAUGCUCAGAUAUGAUCUGUGGAUAUGCAUGUCUGAAAGGCACUGCGGCCAUGCGAAACACCAAACGUGGAUCCUGGUAUAUUGAAGCACUCACCUCUGUGUUUGCAGAGGACUCCCGCGACACUCAUGUGGCUGACAUGUUGGUGAAGGUGAAUAGACAAAUCAAGCAACGAGAAGGUUAUGCCCCAGGCACAGAAUUCCACCGCUGCAAGGAAAUGUCAGAAUAUUGUAGUACACUCUGUCGGGACCUUUACCUAUUUCCUGGUUAUCUGCCAGGAAAAUAACCCUGUCAGCUCCAUUGGAAGAGAGAUACUGCCAAAAUUGAACUCUGAGUAUGGAUGUCUACGUUUCUAUUCUUAUGGGCUGUGGCAUCAGAUGCCCAAGCAAGGAAUGCAUCUUUAUGUCUGGCCAGACCAAUUCUUGAUGUCUUUUUCUAAGAUAAUUUGGCAACUCUUUGUAAUCUGAUUCAGUUCAGGUUUUAAAAUUCUAAUAUUCUGAUUUAUUCCUUAUGUAUGGACGUUGAUGAAAACAGAUCAGCACGGCAACUAGGAAAAUGUGGGAACACCCUUUGGAAUGAGACAUAAGGACAUUUGUUAGAAAUGUGAAUGCAAAAAGGGAAACAGACUAUUCAUACCAAUUUUGGAAAAGAUAAGUAUUUUUGAAAGGGAAAAGUUUCAUAAAAUGCUACUUAUCUUAUGCUUUUAUUUUUAUUUUUUAAAUACUUUCUGCCUGGUUCUUCAUGCAUGACAGUCAGGUUCUCUGUACAUUAGAGAAGAACUCUGUAGUGAAGGAGAGUCUUUCUCCUCUCUAAAAUGGAGUGUUACUGUUUCCAGUACUUGACAUUUACCGCUACUACCAUCUUGAUCACUUGAAGUCUGUUUUUGUGCAUUUUUUCUGUAGUCGAGUUAUCAAGAGAACUCGAGAAGAGUUACACAAGACAUCCUGGGUUAUUAGAAAAACAAAUGGAAAUCCAGUAUUUCUCAUACAGAUAAAUGAGUCUCAUUAAAAUGCCCCAGAAAUAAUUUUGAAUCCAGAAAUUCUAGAUUAGCUCACCAUAGUCCAAGUGGAAACAACUGUAUAGAGUAUUACUUUUGAUGAUUUUGUUUGCUGUAGUACCUAUAUGCCACAACAGGCAUAGCAUUCAGACACUUCACCAACUUCUCAGGAGUCUGUAAAUUGCACUGUAUAACUGAAUCCCUGAAAUCCUACAGCCUUGUGGAAAGGGAUCUCUUUUAAUGAAAAUAUUCAAGGCAGCUCUUUACAGUCUAAGCAUGUUGCUUAGAUUAUUGGUCACUGCAGUCUGUUUCCCUUUCAUUUAAAAGGGUAGAGUUUCACAUUAUUACCCUGAUAAAUGAGUUUUCAGCCAUGAUCAUUUUAAAGCUGUUCAUUUAGUUAAUAUUGUUUGCAAAGUGUCAUUUCAACUGGUCAAUCAGAAAUGUGCUAUAAUCCAACACUUUGUCUGGAAGUUUCCUGUUCAUUCUCUUCAUACUGUAAUUUGCCUCUUGCCUAUAUCCAGUUGCAGUUACUCCCAUGUGAUGUAAUGCUGGGAGAUGGGCAUUAACAUUUUCUGCAGUAGCUUAAAUUCUGAUAUACUGGGUUAUGUAUGGGCUACAAUCUGUAUACUUGAGUCCCUGUCUUCUCCAUUCUGCAGCAGUAAGUUAGCAUAGUUCCUGGUGUAUUCUUUAUGUGUGUGGGUUUUUUUUGUUUGUUUUGUUUUUUUUACCUUUCUUUCAGGAUAGAAUUAUGAAUAGAAAGCACAAAGAGAUGUAGAGGGAGGCGGGAAAAUUAGGCAUGUGCUUUUUCGUUGUUCUGCACAGGAAAACAAAGGCUGUGUUUUCUCCAGCUGACAAAGGUGCAGCAUUAAUAUGAAUCUUGCACUUACCUUACACACAACGUGAUAAACAGAAGAAGAAUCAUACCUGCCAAUUGUUUCCUUAGUCUGAAGAUACCACUAUAGGGCCCUGCAGCUGUACCUCCCUGGAGUAGAAACACUUCCUUCCUCAGUGCUCCCUCUUUGAAAUGGUGCAAUACUUUACAGAUACGUAAAUUGACAAAGCAGUCCACUCAGAAAGCUUAGAUUUCUGUAGGAUUGCAUCAACUUGCAUUAUCACUGCCACUUUCGUAUAUACUUUCUGUAUACUUGUAUUUUACUGCCUUGAGGUGUCAAAAUAAAGAAUUUUUGUUUGAUUAAUUAAUCUGUGCAGUAUCUUCCAUUUGGAGAGCUGUACCUCUGUGCAGAAAUGGAACUCCUGUAUAAGGAGAAUUUUGCAUAAUUUAUUAAGUUAAUACCUCCCAGAGGUACUUUUGAACUCUCAGGCAGAAUCCUGCUUCUUGCUAGCUGGAUCCAGUAUGGGCUACUUGUGAAGUUUGAUAACAACUGAACUAAAAACUUACUAAAUUCAUAAAGAGACAUGAGACAGAACCAUCAGUUAUGAGGCUGAUGUUGUCAUUCAGCAUGUAGAAUAUUUAGACUGGGUAAGCCAGGGGCUUGGUGUUCCGGAAGGAAGAGCUGAUGCCAAAAGGCUUCCAG